AGUUUAGUAUUAAGUUUGAGUUUUCUCCGUGUUGAAAUAUUAGAAAUGGCAGAAAUUGCUCCAGCACCAGCCGCUCCUGUUCCGGCUAAAGCUCUCAAGAAAAAGACCGCGGCAAAGCCCAAGAAAUCGGGUCCCAGCGUGUCGGAGCUCAUCGUCAAGGCUGUGUCUGCCUCCAAGGAGCGCAGCGGGCUGUCUGUGGCGGCGCUCAAGAAGAUCCUGCAGGCCGGCGGCUAUGAUGUGGAGAAGAACAACUCCCACGUCAAUAGAGCCCUCAAGAGCCUGGUGACCAAGGAGACCCUGCUACAGACCAAGGGCACCGGCGCCUCGGGCUCCUUCAAGCUCAACAAAAAAGCAGCUGAAGCCAAGGAGAAGGCGGCCAAGAAGAAGGCAGCUCCAAAGAAACCAGCGGCAAAGAAAGCGGUUGUCAAGAAAACAACGAAAAAGGUUUCGGCAAAGAAAGCAGCGACACCCAAGAAGACGCCUACGAAAGCGAAGAAACCGAAAGCUGUAAAGAAGGCGCCCAAGAGCCCGAAGAAAGCGGCUGCCAAGCCUAAAAAGGUCGUGAAGAAGAGCCCGAAGAAAGCGAAGGCAGCGCCUAAACCUAAAAAGGUGACCAAGGCUGCCAAACCCGCAGCGAAGAAGGCGGCUCCUAAAAAGAAGUGAUCAGUUAAAGCGACGAUGCGACAGUGAACCCAAAGGCUCUUUUCAGAGCCAAAACA